GAGUGCACGGGCUUCAAUUUUCACAAGCGCGGUUUUCCACCUCAAAGCAGUAACUGCCUCCUAGAGAAGAAUAGCUUUGAAACUGGUGACAUGACCCAUGUGAAGUGGCAGACGAACUACGACUACGACGUGACAGUGCUGUCUUCUGGUUGCCUAUCAAAUGCAAAAGUGUCUGGGUCUGGAAGGUUGGAGCUUGUGAUGCUAAGUUUGGACUCUAAAAAAAUCUGUAUUGCAUGAUCAGCAAGAAAAGUCUAGCUUUUGCUACGCGGGGCGGGCAUUUGUCAUGCGGAAUAGGCAUCAGGAAGCCCUCUAAAAAUCUCUGAUGCUAGGCCACGCAUUACAGACAUCCUGGGUCAUGCAAAAUAUGCAUGACAACCCCGGCAACAUUCCAGACCCAGACACUUUUGCAUUUGAUAGUGCCGUAGCCAGCUCCUGAAGUUUCUGGACCCGUGGAAAGCGAGUUUCCGCUUGGCGCACGUGAUGACCCAGAUCCCCAUCCCAACCACCUGCGUUCGGGACGAAGCCACGACACUCGUCGGGGGCACUGAUCUGGACGGCUCCUUUUCCUAUGGCAGUCGUGGCGCGUCGAAAUUUUCCAGCUUCGAGGAGUGCAUGCUAACCUGCGCGCAUUACCCCACCUGCAACGGUUUCGUGCGGGACCCAACCAAUGGCUGCCUGUUGUUGGGAUGGGCCGCGGAUGCCUCCAUAACAAAGUCGGCACAGAGCGACGUCGACGCGAUGGAGAUGACGGCGGAGUGCCGAAAGAGUGUCCUGCGCGAGAGCGAGUUCCGGACCAGUGGCGUCAUGCUUUCUGCCGAGGACGAGCUCGCGACUAGUACCGGGGCUAGCGAGAAACUUUCCCUGGCGGAGGUGGAGGAACGCCAGCUCAGCAUUCCCCUGCCCCAGCACUGGUGGCGGUAUGAAAGCAUCAGGUUGGAAAUCCUCAAGGUGAAAAUAUAGUAAAUUUGCAAUUGCAAAAAAAACGAUCAUUCCAGUUGAAGUGCCAUUUCUAGUCGGCGCAUGACAAAUUUCCCCGGGGGCACUCAAAACGCGUCUGUCAUGCUAGUUAGGCAAAGGGGACGUGACCCUCUAUCGUGCUAAUAAGUCAGCAGCCCAAUAAUUCUGAAUCCGUAGAAGCACUACAAUAUUAGUCGGACUCCAUUGCCUUCUCUUGAAUGCAGUCUUUUUGGUGCCGCAUUUCAUCAUGCAUUACAUCAAAUUAUAUUCCACUUUGAGAAUUUCCAUUCUGAGGCUUUCAUAGGCGGAUUCCCUG